AUGUUCUACCUCGUGGCCCUGCUUGCAGGGCUCAGUAGGCUGCUAAUAUUGGGGCUCGAUUCUCAACAGUCAUUCAUAGAGAUCACGGUUCCAGAGGAGAUCCUAUCAAAUUCAAGUGAUUCAGACUCAGAAUAUGAAGAUAUUUCAUAUAGUAUAUCAAUAGAAGGGAGAUUGUACACUUUACACCUCAAAAAAAGAUUGUUUUUACCAGAUGAUUUUGUUGUCUAUAUGUACAAUCGUGAAGGUGCUGUGUCUUCUAGUUCCAGAAGUGCUAUGAAAUAUUGUAACUACCAAGGACACGUUGCAGGUUUCCCAAAUUCAGUUGUCACACUCCACGCCUGUUCUGGACUCAGAGGAUUACUGCAGUUUGAAAAUGUUACUUAUGGAGUUGAGCCCGUUGGGCCUACAGGUGGAUUUCAGCAUCUUAUUUAUCGAUUAAGAAAUGAAAACACAGAUCUUGCUGUUUUAGCAGAAAAUAAUACACACAUGGAAUCAGAGGACCUGGAAUAUAUAGCUGAUACUAGUGUUGAAUCAAGAUCAUUUGGUCCAAAGCUGUCUCCUCAGUAUGUGGAAAUACAUAUUGUCUUGGACAAAGGUUUGUAUGAUUACAUGGGAUCUGAUAUUGAGGCUGUAACAAAUAAAGUCAUCCAGAUUCUUGGUCUUAUAAACGCAAUGUUUACCCAAUUUCAAAUGACAAUUGUGUUGUCAUCUUUGGAACUGUGGACAUAUAAAAAUAAGAUUUCCACAACUGGGGAGCCAGAUGAAGUAUUACAAAGAUUUUUGGAAUGGAAAAAUUCUUAUUUGGUCCUACGGCCUCAUGAUAUGGCAUAUUUAUUCAUUUAUAGGGAGCAUCCCACUUCUGUAGGAGCAACUUUUCCUGGAAAGAUGUGCAUUCUUCAUUAUGCUGCAGGAAUUGUUCUGUAUCCCAAGGGCAUAACUGUCGAGGCAUUUUCUGUUAUUAUUGCGCAGUUGCUGGGGCUUAGUCUGGGAAUAAGAUACGACGACAAGAGAUGCCACUGUUCUCAAUCUACCUGCAUAAUGAGCCCAGAAGCUGUGCUCUCCAGCGGGAUUAAGGUUUUUAGCCACUGCAGCUUGAGUGACUUUCAAAAUUUCAUUUCAAAGACUGGUGCUAAAUGUCUUAAAAAUCAACCAACUCUUAAAUAUUUUUCCUCGGAGGUUUCUGGAUCCUGCGGGAAUUACAUAGUAUCUGGAGAUGAACAGUGUGAUUGUGGCCCUCCAUCGGUAUGUGGAUUUAAAAAAUGCUGUAAUCCAAGUUAUUGUCGAGCAAAUGAUUUUGCACAAUGUGUUAGUGGGGUUUGCUGCCAGCAAAAUUGUCAGUAUAAUCGAGGGGGUUUAUGUAGACCUGCAUUUGAUGCACUCUGUGAUUUUCCUGAGAAAUGUAAUGGCAGCUCUGCAGUAUGCCCAGUGGAUUUAAAGGCAAAGGAUGGAAGUUUAUGUGCUGGCCCUUCGAAUAUAUGUUUUGAUGGAACAUGCCAGAACCCUGAUAAACGAUGUCAGCAUCUAUUUGGAAAAAAUUCCAGAAAUGCUCCCUUUGCCUGCUAUGAAGAAAUCAAUAGUCAGCGAGAUAGGUUUGGGAACUGUGGCCGGUAUUCAGAAAAUAGUUUUCACUACUGUGAUUGGAGGAGUCUCCUCUGUGGAAAGUUAAUUUGUACAUACCCAUAUCGAAAACCGUAUGUUCGAGAAAAUAUUGCUGUGAUAUAUAGUUUUGUGCUAGACACUGUAUGUAUAAGUUUAGAUCACAAGUUUAAACCAAAUACUCGAGAUCCGAUGUUGGUAGCAAAUGGAAAUCCAUGUGAUGUUAGAAAGUUUUGUUUACAUGCUAACUGUGUAUUUAUGAAUAAAAUCAUAAAUGAAGCAAGAAGUUGUUCAGAAAAGACAUGCAAUCAGCAUGGAGCAUGUACUAGUAAUGAAAAUAUAUGCAUUUGUGAAUUAGACUUUCACCCCCCAACAUGUGCUGUAAGGAAAAGUAGAAUCAUUCAGGAUCUUUUACAGUGGACAAGAGGUUCUUUCAAUGGCAGAGCUACAGAGUAUCCUAGGAAGAACUGGCUGCUUAUAAGUUUCUACAUUUCUCUACCUAUUCUUUUCAUUAUAGCCAUAAUAACUGUCAAAUGGAAAUCUGUGAAAGAAUGCUUAUCUCCAGAGGAAUCACCAAUUACUGAGUAA